UUUUUUUUUCUUGAACUUCGCAUCGUCCAUCGUUCUCCACUCUUUUCAGGACCCAUCAAACAACGCAACAUACCUUCACCGCCAUGUCUUCUCUUCGCAAUGCCGUCCAGCGGCGCAACCACAAAGAGCGUGCACAACCUUUGGCUCGUCAGAAAUACGGUCUCCUCGAGAAGAAAAAAGACUAUGUCGCUCGUGCACGGGACUAUCACUCUAAACAGGACCGUCUCAAGGCGAUGCGGGAGAAGGCUGCGUUCCGCAACCCGGACGAAUUCUACUUCAAGAUGAUCAGCACCCGGACCAAGGAUGGUGUCCAUCUCGUGGAGCGUAACGAGAAGUUCUCGAGCGAUUUUCUGAAGCUUCUCAACACCCAGGAUAUGAACUAUGUGACCCAGCAGCGGGAUAUCGGACGCAAGAGGAUCGAACGCAUGCAGCAAGGACUUGUGCUUCUGGACGAUGAGGUCCGUGAGGAUCAGGAGGACGAGGACGAAGAUAUGGACAGGAUCGGGGGGAGCAGCAGUUUCAAGACGAUACAGAAGCCGAAGAACCAUGUUGUCUUCGUUGACAAUGAGGAAGAAGUCAAGACGUUUGAUCCUGCAAAGCACUUUGAUACCGCACCGGAGCUCGUGUACAGAAAGUUCAACAGACCUAGGACAGAGCAGCUGAAGAAAGAUCUGACGGUCUCACACCUCGAAAAGGCCGACAUCAAAGCUGCAGCCAAGGAACGCGAGCGUGCAUUGACCGAGCUGGCCUCGAGAAUGGAACGAGAGGAGACAAUGGCGAAACUGGAGCAGGAAAUGGCAUUGAGAAAGAAUUUGAUGCUCAAGGGUCGGAAGAGGAAGGUUGGCGUCGAUAAGGAUGGUCUGGCCAAGUACAAGUGGAAGGCGGACCGCAAGAAGUAGAAAGCAGCAGAAUCAAGAGGUGGUCUCAUUCUGGUUGGAUACACGCAAUAAACUGUACAAUAGCUUCACAAUAGACAUUGGAUCUAUUUUAAAAAAAGCGCCCAGCUAUGAGCUUUUUGUGCAAAACCUAUUGCUAUGAUGCUUAGAUCUUGAGACCGUAGCGCUUGGCAGUGAAAAGAUCGAGUACUUGUUCCCGUGUGAAGAACUCUGUGAUCUCCUUUUCGAACUCGGCGGGUCGCUCGAACGCAGCAAAGUGUCCCCCCUUCGGGAAUUCGUGCCAC